AUGCAUCAGAUCGCUAUGAUAGCGGAUGUCGAGAAAGCUUUCCUCCAGAUCAUGGUCCACGAGAGAGAUCGUGAUGCGCUACGAUAUCUUUGGUACCGCGACGUGCCCUUUCGUGAGAUGACGUCUAACGAGCUCUGCGUUCUCAGGAUGAGUCGGGUUCCCUUCGGAACGACCGCGAGUCCUUUCCUCCUGGCUGCAACGCUGCAUCACCACUUUCGUCACAUCACUGACGAUCUAAGAAACACCGCAAGCGACUUGUUAUCCUCAUUUUACGUGGACGACUUGGUAACAGGAGCUGAUAACGUUGAACAAGCCACGAAGAUGUAUCGUCAGGCUUUGGCAGUCAUUGAACAGGCUGGAAUGCGCCUCAGGAAAUGGGCAUCGAAUGAACCCCGGUUAAAGUCUGUGUUCAAAAAGGGUGGGACUGACGACUCGAUACAUCAGAAGGUACUUGGAGUUCCUUGGAAUACUGAAACUGACAGCUUGAUGCCUAAUUUAGAAGCCGUGAAAACGUUUGUGGCAACUUCACCAGUAACCAAAAGGAACAUACUCCAAGGCACCGCAAGACUGUUUGACCUUUUGGGAUUCCUCAAUCCAUUUACGUUCAGGGCCCGCUCCAUGUUUCAAGACCUAUGGAAGAAAAAGGUUGGAUGGGACGAAGAUAUCCCAUGUGAUGCUCAGCAGAAGUGGAUCGAAUGGUGUAAUGAACUAUCUACAUUAUCAGCACUAGAGAUUCCCCGUUGCGUCGUUCCAGCGAAUGCAUCUGCGUUUCAAAUGCAUAUAUUUUGUGAUGCCAGUCCUCUUGGUUACGAGGCAGUGGCUUACCUGAGAACCGCAAACACAAAGGGCGAGAUUUCAACGCAUUUAAUACUCUCAAAAACUCGUCUAGCACCUAUCAAGCAGCUUUCUCUUCCAAGACUAGAGCUUAUGGGAAUGCUUAUCGGAGCGAGAAUGCUCACUUACCUGCAAAGGACACUGUAUAAAUUCCAGUUCGACUAUUUUAUGUGGACCGACUCCAUGAUCGCAUUGUGGUGGAUACGACGCCGGCCAACCGAAUGGAAAGUGUUCGUCAGCAAUUGA